AGAUCCAGCUAUUAAGUUUGGGCGUAGAACCCUUGAGUGUGACAUCAUUUUGUAAGUCCUUGAGCUAUACUGUCUUUAACAUUGUUUAUCUAAUCACUUACAAUGAAUCACUUUGGCAGCAUGGAUGGAACCUGUGACUUAUCAAAUAGAAGUCAUCGGGCAGUACCUUUGUUUUUUUAUUUUUUAUUUUUUUAUAUAGUUUUUUCUUUGUGUAAUUUCGUUAUCUACAACUUGGUUAGACUCUGUGUGAAAAACGUUGAGGCUAGGUGACACUAUCCUGCUGAAUAAUUCUAACCACUGGCCAUCAUCAUGACUUCUAACGUCAGUUUGUCAUUAAAAUUCGGAAGUGUGCUUUCAACAGUAAACAGCAAACCAUUUCCUUCUUAUGGCAUUGUUCGAACUUUAGCCCCCUGUAUCAGGGAGGUAAUGGGUUAGACGGAGAACACGAAAUUUACUCGUGACUACAACGAGAAAAUAGAAAUUAAUUGUUGAAUCAAUUUUAGGUCAAAAAUUGGGGGCCAGUUCAAACAGGCCCCAUUUCCACACAUUCCCCAAUAAAAUCGCGUGCCCACAAACAACUCAAACUAGUCUUCACGCUGACUCCUGUGGACCUGUUGUAAAGAAAACAGUCCAUUGUACUUACUGCCUACGUAUUUUUUUCUUUUUGUUUUAGAAGAAAGGCCUGUUUCAUCCAUAGGCGUCCGCCAAAAUGCAGCCUUUUCGAAGGGAAAGACACAACAAACCCCACAAGUGCAGGAGCUGCCCCAAGUCGUUCAAGAGUUCUAAUGGUUUGAAAUACCAUUUGGAUAAGGUUCACAUUGAUGAGAAAAUCAAGAUGGAGACUGAAUGUGCAGAAGGUACAAAAAAACAUUUUCGGCAGCUCUUUGUUUUUAAGCUUAACAAGCCGGGUUUUUUAUACUUUGAUCUAAGCAAAGGUAGUGUUCUUACACCAGCGAUUGUCACUGAGUUUCACUGAUAAACCCAGGGCAUACACUAAGCUACAGUUCGUAAAGUGCCUCGAUCAAAACUAAGAAAACUAAAACUGCAGGUACAGCUUUUUAUAGCUGCCAAUUCUCAAGCUUACUUUCUAACGGUAUAACCUGCCGCCAGCUUGUUCCUAGUUGGACUUCUCGUCCGCCUGAUAAGGGCGGAUCCUUAUCGCACACAGCAGACAGCUGAUCAGUGUCUCUUUCAUAACUGCGGUUAGUUCGCUUGUCAUCAAUUCAGUAAAAUAAUAGUUAAGUUAUGAUACAGUUUAUAAUUGUUAACUAGUGAUAUUUUUAGUGGCUUAUAAGUUUAUCAAGAUCUAGAUAUAUAAAUCAUCAAGAUAUUCUGCCUUGGGUUUGUUGCUUUUCCGUCAUAUUCCUUAAGAUUCACGUUUUGCCGUCGAAUGAGGUAGUUUCGCUUCAAUUUCGUGAAGACCAGUUUUUGGUGACUAAAAUUUCCCAAACAAUACUUUUGAACAUGUUUUCACUCCUUUAGAUUUAAAAGAUACCAGAGAUGUCACUCCCUUCUAGACCGAGACUUCAGCUGAUAAAGAUCUAUCAGUGGCGAGACAAAGUGCCAAACAAAAAAAAAUAAUAAUAGUAGUAAAAAAAAAAAAAAGCAUUUGCAAAGUGUCUCAAAAUUGUCCCUCCAGCGCUAGUAUAAAUCAAACGCUGCUUUUUUGUUGUGCUGUGUUUUAUUUAGUUUUCUUUUGUUUUGCCUCUUUUUUAAUCAUUGUAUCAGAUUGUAUUUCGACGAGUCCGUUGGCUUUCUUUUCUAUUGUUUAAUCACAAUUAUAAAAUUCAGUAAUAAACUAGUCACAAUCAACUUUGAGAGCAGUAAGUACAAAAAAGAUUUUCAUCUUUCUCCUCCAAAUAUUUUGUUAGUAAGCCAUGUAAACAGCUCAAGGAAAUUUUCAACACGCCCUCAAUUGUGCAAUAAAAGGAAUUACUCAUGUUUCCGCGCUCCUUCGAGGACUACGCUUGAUAUUUUUAGGUGAUAAAAUGGCUAUUUUUGGUUAUCAGAUCGGAAGGUCUAGUUCAAACUAUAUCUACUCGUGAAGCGAAAGUACCGGCCCCCAAACAUUUUUUUCAAAGGCCAUUGGUGAGCUUGCCAAGUUUAGGAUCCCUACAGCGAUAGUCUCAUGCCAAGUGUUGAGAUGUGCUGUGGUUAAUCUUUAGCCAAGCUUUAAGGGGAAUUUCCCUGUUAUUUCAUUUCUUAUGAGUUUUGGUAAUUCAGAUGGUGUUUAUCGUAUUUAUUAACCCACAGAUGAUGAAUAUGCCCGGGCCAGACAAUUUAGUGGUGGCUGUGAGGGAUGUUUCUUUUUGUCAUCCAGUGCCCAUUUAUCUGUCACGCGCCUUUUGGGUUUUUGUUCGCUUUGAAAAGGAACUCGUUCAAAAAAGCUCGAACUAAUGGUUCUAUUUUUUUGGCUGUUGCUGGUGUUGUUUUCCAAUCUGUAAUCCCCAUUAGGAAGAAAAAAAACAAAACAAUGAAAAGCAAUAAACAGUUGGUAAUACUAAAUUCAACAAUCUUCCGAGAAGAAGAUGAACGCCAUGAGUAUGAUUUUUAGCUUAAAAUUCAUAACCUUAUUUAAGCUUGAGACAACUUACCAAUGACACGGUCAGUUUCUGAAAGAAUGUUAGUCAUUUGUUUUUAUUGUCUUUCCUUCUUUCUUUCUUUUUUGUUUGUUUGUUUUGUUCUCUCUCUCCCUCUCCGUUAAUAGCUUCGCCAUUGUUGAACUUUGCUAUCCGGAAAGAAUCAUUUAAUAUAAUUCAGUCUUUUGACAGCUGACUUAAAGGCACUUAAAAGCAUCUAAAGGCCAUCUUUGAGUGUGAUUAUUCCAGCUCACAAAUGUUGUAAAUGUAAAGUCAAGUAGAGAAGAGUUUAUUAAGCUUUUAAUUGAGUCACUGGACGCAGGGGUGACCCUGUCCUCCUUAUCAUGCGAUAAUGGUCUUUAGCAUUUCACCCAUUUUACCCAUUAAGCUGAGUUUUGCGAAAGUAAUGGCUGGAGUGAAUUUAUUAAUUAAGAAGUGCCUCUGUUUUCUAACAAAGUAUUAGUACGCUUCCCGAAAUUACAAUAGGUGAGAAGAUCCCUACGUCCCUUCAGGAAAAGAAUUUCCCUGAGAUGAAAACUUUCACCUUUCUCGAGCUCCGCUACUCCUGGCGCGUACUCGCUAGCAGACCGACCAGGAUUAUAUUCGAUGACUUUGGCCGCUUAGGACUCAAGGCUUUCAGUUAAAAAAACACGAUUGAGAAAGAUUUGUUUGCAAAUCCCUGAUAUGUCUCUACAUGCACAGAUCUUUACUUUUUUAUUCCUUUGUUUACUUCAGACUUAAAGGCACUUUUUACACAACACAACACUUUUUGCACAACUUGUCUCAAUCCCAUCUCAGAGUUUUUAGCAACACAGUGACAAAUGAAAAAAAAAAGUUAUUAUAAUAAAAUAGAACGAAAGAAAAGAGAGAAAAUGUUACUGCGUAUGUUCAUCUUGAUCUUUUUUACUUAGUUCUCGACUCGUUCAUUAUUGUGGUGUUUUGUCGACGUAUUUGUAUGUCUGUCAAAUUUAUAGACACAUUCUUGGAUCUCUGAUUUCGUGUUGUUCGACAUUUCUUAAGGGAUUAAGCAUUCGAGUCGUUUAUCAUGAGGAUACAAAGAAGGGGGAUUAAUAUAAACAGCUUCUUAACGGUGUCGAAUUUUUGUUUUCUACGCAGAAACACCGAGAGGAAUGCAAAACAAACCUCGCUCUAUCCCUCCGGCUUUAGACUUGUCUCCAGAGGUCAACCUGCUCAAAGAAUUUGCUGUCAUUGCCACAAGUCCUCAGAGCCCAUUAGUGCAAGAGGUCAGCGGUGAAAGCAUGGAUGUCAGGUGCAGCGAUGGCGAUAUUCCCCAUCCUCAGGUAACAAACCCAAAGCAAAUGGUAUGUCGUCUGCAUUAAGUAGCUGUGUUGAAAUUCGGCACAAACGCAGUGAAUUCUGAAGAAUAUUUUUGGUCGUACAUUUCUUCUCUUGGAUACUGAGAAGUUUUCCUUAUAAAGAGUGAGCAACUCUGAUAUUUAUUGACAGACUUAUUUUCGCAAAGAAUAACUUAAGUAUGCUUAUUGGAAGUAAAUAGGAAAUCAGUGAUUUUUAGUAAUCUAGCUUUUCAUUCCCUUUGAUACUGGGAACUAUGCUCAAAUAACAGUGAAUAACUAUUAUAUUAGUCGAUAGUACCAUUUUCGCAAAGAUCAUACGGGCUAAAGUACGUUUCUGUAAACUGAAUAAAAUGUGAUGAAAAUGACUAGGGGGUAGAUGGUUGGGUCUUGGAACCGCAUUUUAAUCAUAGCUUUUUCCCGAGUCUGAAUGAAAUCCUACCAAAUUAUUUUGUCCUCCUAUUCCCUUGGAUACGUGGUUCUUUGCCCAGGGAAGAUUGAGCAAAUGUCUUACAAGUCGUAAGUGCUACUUUCGCCAAUCGCUCCUUCAAGCACCCCGGAGGGGCACCGUAAAUCCUCUAGUAAGCCAGCUUCAGAACCCGUUACUCAUUUCUUACCAUCAUCUUGCCAGGAUUUUCAACCCAGAGAAUGGCCAUGUGUCUCACAGUACAUCCCAGAUUCUCCAACGCAAACACUGUUGCAAGCUUUGUCUGCGGCAAAAUGGCGAUGCUUUUUGGCCGCGACCCGGAUAAAUUUCCCAGAUGAAGACGGAUGGACCUGGAAAACCGUAGAUGAUAUUGGGAUGGAGGGAAUAUCCGAGGAUCUCUUCCAACAUGGACUUCGGGUGGUCGAUAUUGAAAGGAUUACCAGAAGACAUGACGAAAACAGCGUAUGUUGCCCUUUUUUAUUGGACUUUUUUAUUGCUUGUCCGAUGGUAAAAAAAGUUUUAAUUUCGUAAAAAAGCUGGUGGGAAGUGUUUUUAGUAGUGAAUUUUGAAGUGCUACACUAUCAUUUUCUGUCAAGUUUUUUGUAAUGUUUAAAGACUUCUAAGUAGAAUAAAUAAUACUUAUAUAGCUGGCAAGCGUCCGCCGCUCUCUGAAUUUUCUGGAUCCGCCCCUGUAUUUCUUUCUUCAAGAACUCGAAUUUAUUCGUAAAUUGGUCAUUGUUUUACGUGUCUCAAUACCACGUUAACAUUGCGGUCAAUUUUGCAGAAAGAUCACAAAGUUGCUUUAUUUUCAGGAUGAGUUUAUUGUAUCUUUCCAAUCGUGCAACAACGAGCAGACGAGCCUACAGGCUGAGAUAACUGCUCACCAUCCAUUCUACGUCAAAGGAAAAGAUGGGGAAUUUUGGGCGUCACUCAAUCCUUGCUCGAGCGAGUUACACCACGGAAUAAGCUGCCAGCUGCUUGAAUGCGGUGAUGUUUGUAUGUUGCCAUAUGGUCGGGAUGUUGUCGGAUUCCUAAGUGGGACUCAGUGGGAUACGGACAAAACCUCGUAAGUAUACUGGCACCGGAAACGCAAUUCCCCUUUCAUAUGUACCUCAUGUCUCACAGUAUUGUCUUAUUUCCUCUCUUUUUUGUGGUGUAUGGUAUAGAAUAACGUUCUUGCACUGUCUUGGGAUGUUUUCCCCAUUUGAAAAACUAUUGCGGGAAUGGGUACAAGCUUAGAGCGCUACGAUUUCUGGGAUCAUUUGGGUGGGCAAGCGUUACUUGUGAUUGGUUAAUAGUUGCCUUGAAGACCAUCGACCAAUCAUAACUAACGCUUGUCUUGUCUACCCGAACGAUCCUAGAAGUCACUGUGCCCAAAGCUUGCACCCAUUCUCCCUAUAGCAGUUUCUGAACGGAGAAGUUUACGAGGUGGAUGUCACGAAACUGAUCAGUCACAACUUAUUUUCAGGUCUGAGUUCACCGCGAUGUCAACCGCUGCACUGACGCUGAGCUGCAUGGCCAAGGUAUGUAAGUCUCUUAAGUUUUGGUGAGGGUUAACGCAAGGGCCAUAAUACACCCGCAUUUAGCGAAUACAUGUACGUGAUAAGUUUAUUUCUUUGUGUUCUCAGGGAACGCAAAAUAUCUUUCAUGACAUUUUAUGCCAAGUUUUAUCCUUAAGGUUCUCUACAGUACCCUUUCUUCAACCUGACACCUCGUGACUACAGCAUUUGAGACAAUUUUGGUACCAAUGUUAGGUUUUAAAUUUAUUUCAAAUAUAAAAGGAUAAACAAGAGCACAGACAUCGCCGAAGCAAGCUUCUCUCUGAGUCANCCGCGAUGUCAACCGCUGCACUGACGCUGAGCUGCAUGGCCAAGGUAUGUAAGUCUCUUAAGUUUUGGUGAGGGUUAACGCAAGGGCCAUAAUACACCCGCAUUUAGCGAAUACAUGUACGUGAUAAGUUUAUUUCUUUGUGUUCUCAGGGAACGCAAAAUAUCUUUCAUGACAUUUUAUGCCAAGUUUUAUCCUUAAGGUUCUCUACAGUACCCUUUCUUCAACCUGACACCUCGUGACUACAGCAUUUGAGACAAUUUUGGUACCAAUGUUAGGUUUUAAAUUUAUUUCAAAUAUAAAAGGAUAAACAAGAGCACAGACAUCGCCGAAGCAAGCUUCUCUCUGAGUCACGAUGUCCCGGAAGCAUGAUGAAAAGAAGCAGCAUGCAACAGUUCUCUAAGAGACCUAUGAAUGCCUUCAUGCUAUUUGCCAAGCGCUUUCGAGUGGAAAUCACUCAAGCCCAUCCUGGAAAAGACAACAGGUAAGAAAUUUAGUGGGCGCAAAUCCCAAGGUCUCUCUAACAUAAAAAAAUAUCACAUCCUACUGUUAUUAUUAUCAUUAUUAUUAUUAUUGCUCUAGUGAGCAAUCCGACUGAUAGUAAAGUUUUCCGAAAUUUGUUUACAUUUUGGGUAACUGGAGAACUGGAAAGACCUCCUGGCGAAACACCGUUUACUUUGACUUGAAAUACGAGAUCAAACGAAUUUGUAGUUGUCGAUCAGUUUAAGUCAUCCCAAUCGUAGUUGGUGUACUGGGAGCAGUUUCGCGAGGAUUUGGGGGGUGGCUGAAACAGUUGGGAAUGCCACAUUGACAUUGUGUAAAAACCUGAAGUGUAAACUCUUUUAUCAGAGCAAUUAGUGUGAUCCUUGGUGACAAGUGGAAAGCCAUGAAGCAAGAAGAUCGCAAAGAAUAUGUGAUACAAGCAAAGCUCUUGGCAGAUGAACACAAAAGAGUUAAUCCAGACUGCUGGAAAAGGAAACGAAACUCGGAGGUAACUGUCAUUCAAUUCCAUUAG